AGCUCUGUGUUCUCGCACUGUGUGCACAAACAAUCAACAUUAUUAUAACUUUAAAUACGGUCCCUUUAUCGCAAUAGUGUCGGCAUAACGUAAUGUUAAAUCUGGAACAUUGUCCAGGAGAAGUAAAAUAGUGGCUCUCCACCGGGACGCCUCGAUCUGUUUUUUUGACUAGUUGAUUAAAAAAGUUCGCAUGCCAAAAUGGUACUUAUUUCUGCUGCAGUAUGUACCAAAGGGGGCAAGACUCUCAUCUCCCGACAAUUUGUCGAAAUGACGAAGGCAAGAAUAGAGGGUCUGCUCGCUGCUUUUCCAAAGUUGAUGAGUUCGGGUAAACAGCAUACAUUCGUCGAGACGGAUUCUGUACGAUAUGUGUACCAGCCACUGGAGAAACUUUACAUGCUCUUGAUCACAACGAAAGCUAGCAAUAUUUUGGAAGAUCUAGAAACACUGCGACUCUUUGCAAAAGUGAUUCCAGAGUAUUGCAAAUCCAUGGAUGAGUUAGAGAUAGCUGAAAAUGCGUUUAAUUUGAUUUUUGCAUUUGACGAAAUUGUGGCCCUUGGCUACAGAGAAAAUGUUAAUUUGGCGCAAAUCAGAACAUUUGUCGAAAUGGAUUCGCACGAAGAGAGGGUGUACCAAGCAGUCAGAUUCACACAAGAGAGAGAAGCUAAAAACAAAAUGCGAGAAAAAGCGAAAGAACUUCAGCGGCAGAAAAUGGAAGCCAAUAAAAAGGGAGGCAAGAAUCCUGGUUUUGGCAGUAGUUACGGUAGUGGAAGCAGUUUUACGCCCACUGCUAAUAUCGGAGACACUGCCAAUUACAUUCCUGAACCUACCAAGCCCACUUACACAUCGAUGCAAAAAACUACUUCUGCUAGUGCAGGAGCAAUGAAAUUGGGUGGAAAGACUAGAGAUGUUGAUUCAUUUGUUGAUCAACUCAAAGAAGAAGGUGAAAACGUUUCAUCUGUUGCAGCUACUACGAUAGUAAAGGCAGCAGCACCGAUUAGUUCGAGUGCUCAAAACACAGAACCGGUCCAUUUGAAACAAGAGGAGAAGCUGAAUGUAAGGAUCAGCAGAGAUGGUGGGGUGCAAAAUUUCGAGUUACAUGGUUUGGUAACAUUAAAUAUAUCAGAUGAGAAAUGGGGUCGUAUUCGUGUACAAUUAGAUAAUAAAGACACGAGAGGGAUGCAGCUACAAACGCAUCCAAAUGUGGACAAAGAGUUGUUUAGGACAAAGGGACAAGUAGGCUUGAAAAUUCCAUCAAAGCCUUUCCCACUCAAAACAGAUGUAGGUGUUUUGAAGUGGCGUCUACAAGCUCAAGAUGAAACUGCACUGCCUAUCUCCAUCAAUUGUUGGCCUUCUGAGAAUGGUGAAGGAGGGUGUGAUGUAAACAUUGAGUACGAACUUGAACAUACAGAUCUUGAGCUAAACAACGUUCAGAUAAACAUUCCACUACCAAUAAACGGUAAUCCAAUUGUAAGUGAAUGUGAUGGGCAAUAUAAUCAUGAAUCAAGAAAGAAUUUGUUAGUGUGGUCAUUGCCGAUAAUUGAUGCUUCAAACAAAUCUGGAUCCAUGGAAUUUGCGAUUGCAAACUCGAGACCUUCAGAUUUCUUCCCACUGCACAUUAGUUUUGCAUCUAAAACAUCUUAUGCCAAGAUUAAUGUUACUGAUGUUAUGCUUGUUGAAGAUGACGGUCCUGUGAAGUAUUCUGUGGAUACGGUCUUUUUCUCUGAAAAUUAUGAAGUGGUGUAGCUCAAAAAGUCAUUUGCUAUUUUCAUAUGUGUAUUCAUAAGGCUGUUUGUAUUAAACACAAAUAGUAAAAAAUAUAUAAUUUGAGUUAAGUUUGCAUGUAUCAAACUGCUUGGUGAUUAAGAUUGUGGAAUCAAGUUUGUGAGAAAAAUACUUGUGUUGUAUACAAUGUGAGAGAUUUUUCAAAUGCAAGAAAAUCCACAAAUGUGUAUAAAAAUAACUCUGUUGACACAACAGCAAAAUUAUCAAGG